UUUUAUCUGAAUGAAAUGCACAAACCCGGUGAUGUGAUUCUGGGUGGGCUGUUUGAAGUCCACUACACUUCUGUCUUUCCUGAACAGACAUUUACCUCAAAGCCACAACAGCCCAUCUGCAAAGGUUUUGACACAUUAGGGUUCAGGCAUGCCAUGACCAUGGCCUUUGCCAUUGAUGAGAUCAACAAGAACUCCAAUCUGCUUCCAAACAUGACACUGGGAUACAGUAUUUAUGAUAACUGUGGUGCACUUGUUGUUGGAUUCAGUGGUGCCUUAUCACUGGCCAGUGGCCAGGAAAACCAGUUUCAGCUCCAGCAAAACUGUUCAGGAACCCCUCCGGUCCUGGGGAUUGUUGGCGAUCACUAUUCAACUUUUUCUAUUGCUAUUGCCAAUGUGCUAGGUUUAUACAAAAUGCCUCUUGUGAGUUAUUUUGCCACAUGUUCCUGCCUGAGUGAUCGGCAGCGAUUUCCAACCUUCUUUAGAACAAUCCCAAGUGAUGCUUUUCAGGUGCGUGCUAUGAUUCAGAUUCUCAAACACUUCGGCUGGACGUGGGUAGGUCUGCUGGUCAGUGAUGAUGAUUAUGGACGUCAUGUUGCCCAGUCCUUUCAAUCAGACCUGCCUAAAUCUGGUGGAGGUUGCCUGGCCUACCUUGAGGUUUUACCCUGGGACAGUAAUCCAAGUGAACUCAAAAGGAUUGUACAUUUGAUUAAAAAAUCAACCGCUCGUGUUGUCAUUGUGUUUGCACAUGAGAUUCACAUGAUUCAACUGAUGGAAGAGGUGGCGAGGCAGAAUGUAACAGGUCGACAGUGGAUUGCCAGUGAAACCUGGACAUUAGCAUCUGUACUCCAGACUUCAGAGCUAAUGCCAUACCUGAGCGGCACAUUGGGCAUCGCCAUCCGUCGAGGAGAUAUACCAGGGCUCAGGGAGUUCCUGUUCCAAAUAAAUCCUGACCAAAAUGAUAACAAUAAAAAUAACAUGGUGAGGCAGUUUUGGGAACAUACAUUUCAGUGCAAAUUUGAUCCAGCAGAUUGGAUAGAAACUGAGGGAGCGCUGUGCACUGCAGAAGAAGAUAUUACACAUAUUGAGACUGAGUUUUUGGAUCUUUCUAACCUCAGGCCUGAGUACAAUGUGUACAAGGCUGUGUAUUCACUGGCUCAUGCCCUUGAUGACCUGCUGCACUGUGAGUCUGGAAGAGGGCCUUUCAGAGGACACAGCUGUGCCACUUUGCAAACUCUGGAGCCAUGGCAGCUUGUACAUUAUCUGCAAAAAGUAAACUUCACCACAUCAUUUGGUGACCACGUGUCCUUUGAUGAGAAUGGGGAUGCAUUACCAAUUUAUGAUGUUAUGAACUGGCUGUGGCUACCUGAUGGAAGAACUAACGUUCAGAAUGUGGGCGAGGUGAAGAGGUCAAUUUCCGGAAGUGAAGAACUCACACUUGAUGAAUAUAAAAUCGUCUGGAACUCUAAAUCAAAAGAGCCACCUCGGUCAGUGUGCAGUGAAAACUGUCCACCAGGUACCCGCAUUUCCAGGAAAAAGGGGCAACCUGAAUGCUGCUUUAGCUGUAUCCCCUGUUCUAAUGGAAAAAUAACCAAUAAUACUAACUCCUUAGAGUGCAUCAGUUGUCCAGAGGACUUCUGGUCCAGCCCUCAACGUGACCAUUGCAUUCCUAAAAUAACAGAGUUCCUCUCUUAUCAAGAGCCUUUGGGUAUCUGUUUGACAUCUACUUCAUUGCUGGGUACAUUUAUCUGUGCCGUUGUCCUAGGGAUCUUCACUUAUCAUCGCAGAACACCUAUAGUACGAGCCAACAACUCUGAACUGAGCUUCCUGCUCUUAGUGUCACUCAAACUGUGUUUCCUGUGUUCGUUGCUUUUCAUCGGACGACCCAGACUGUGGACAUGCCAACUGAGACAUGCAGCAUUCGGGAUCAGCUUUGUGCUUUGUGUAUCGUGCAUCCUGGUUAAAACCAUGGUGGUGUUGGCUGUGUUCAAAUCAUCCAAACCAGGAGGUGGAGCCAAUCUCAAAUGGUUUGGUGCGAUGCAGCAGAGAGGAACAGUUCUAGUUUUCACUUUCAUCCAAGCAGCCAUCUGCACUGCUUGGCUUGUCUCUUCCUCACCAACCCCUUAUAAAAACACCCAAUAUUAUGAUGACAAGAUAGUUUAUGAGUGUGUAGUUGGGUCCACUAUUGGUUUUGCUGUGUUAAUGGGUUACAUUGGCUUAUUGGCUACUCUUAGCUUUCUCUUGGCUUUUCUGGUAAGAAAUCUUCCCAACAACUUUAAUGAAGCCAAACUCAUCACAUUCAGCAUGCUGAUCUUCUGUGCUGUGUGGGUGGCCUUUGUUCCUGCUUAUAUCAACUCUCCAGGCAAAUAUGCAGAUGCAGUGGAGGUAUUCGCCAUCUUGGCCUCCAGUUUUGGUCUCUUAUUGGCGCUGUUUGGACCCAAAUGUUACUUAAUCUUGAUGAGACCAGACAAAAACACAAGAAAAGCUAUCAUGGGUCAUACAACAACCAAGUCAUAAAAAUAGUGC